CCACAGAGAGUGUGAGGGUCCUAAAUCACGUCCUAAACGCGCCAAGUGAUACCAAUAUAGUUGUCUGGUGUGUGGGGAGACAAAAGCAGAAAUCAUCUCAAGACAUCCACCUUUUUGUUCUCGCGUAUCUAUAGAUUUAGUGAUGUUUGAACAGCGUCUGUUUGAAUCACAUUUUUGGCGUUGAUGGAGGAGGUGAAAGAAAACUCAAAAUCUCACAUGAAAUUUAUUCGUUCACCGACGAUCGCGCCACGCGUAUUUUUUUCCUCCUGUAAAUCUCCAAAGAUUGGGGAUUAAGUGGCUAAAACGUUGAUGAGAUAAAGUAUUAUACACCCAUCAAGUGCAUCGCAAUUAAUCCAAAAGAUGUUGGCUCUACUUUAUUUCUCCUCCGACUUUCCUGCGGCAAUGACUUGGAAUCUCUUCUACCAGUUCUACGCCUGUUUCUGUGCCAAUUGCGCGGGAAUUAUCUAUGGCAUCACGAUCGGAUGGGCAUCCCCUUCAAUCCCUCUGCUGCAAUCAGACACUUCUCCUCUGCUGAGUGGACCCAUUACAGAGGAGGAAGGAUCAUGGAUCAACUCCAUCAUGUGCGUAGGAGGACUCGUUGGGACGAUCUUUUUCGGCUGGAUGGGUGACUAUUUUGGCCGGAAGUGGUCACUGUACUUGGUAGCCCUACCUCAGAUUGCCUCCUACCUGCUGAUCCUCAUCGCUCUGGACGUUGAGUACCUCUACGUGUCGCGUUUCCUCGGUGGUUUCGGUGGUGGUGGGGUAUUCGUCCUUGUGCCCCUCUUUGUGACUGAAAUUGCCGAAGAUAGCAUCCGCGGAACUCUUGGAGCUUGUUUGAUUCUCAUUGUGAACUUUGGUAUCCUCGUUGGACUAGCCAUCUGUGGCUAUUUGGAUUUCUUUGUGGCUCCCCUCAUUCCCAUUACAAUCCUCAUUGUCUUCCUCAUUCUCUUCCAAUUCCUCCCCGAGACCCCACAGUAUCUCCUGAUGCGGAAACGAAAGACUGAAGCUGAGGUAUCCUUCCGCUUCUACAGAGGCUACCGCAAGGCUACCGAUGAAAUGCCCGAUAAGUAUCUCAGGGAAUUUGCAAACUUACAGAAGAUUUAUGAUUUUUCUUCCUUAAACACCGAAGAUCAGAAAGUCUCCUCGAAGGAUUUUGCUACAAAAUCCACCAGAAUCGCCAUCAUUAUCAGCUUCACACUGAUUGUCCUGGCCUGCUUCUGUGGUACCUUUACCCUUAUCAACUACGCAGCUGAUAUCUUCCACGAUGCCGGUUCCAGCUUCUCCCCAAACAUUGCUGCCAUCAUUGUAGGAGGCAUCCAGGUUGUGGGCAGUUGUGGUUCCUACGUUCUUGUGGAUCGUGCUGGACGACGCAUCCUUCUGAUGGGAUCUGCCCUAGCCACGGGUAUCUUCCACACUGUGAUGGGAGUGUACGUUCUCCUAGUAGCCAAGGGGCACAAUCUCGAGGGAUUCGAGUGGGUCCCCGUUGUGUCCCUUUCCGGUGUAAUGCUCGUCUCUGCUGUGGGUGUUGUGGCUCUUCCAUACCCCAUCAUGGCUGAACUCCUUCCCACAAAACUACGUGGAAUUGUCGUCAGUAUGGGUGCAUCUAUUUCUUGGACAAUCUCCUUCCUGCUUGUUAAAUAUUUCGGCUACUGCAUCCAACUUCUUGGACUCCAUGGAUGUAUUUUCUUCUUUGCAGCGUGUUGCUUCUUCGAAGUUUUAUUCGUGGCAAUUGUUCUUCCCGAGACAAAAGGCAAAAACUAUGAAGAAAUUGUUGAUCUUCUUUCCAAAUAAAAUGUAGGAUUUUUUU